GGGGCUCCCGGUGACGGUUUAGGAGGAAAGAGGUUGCGGACGAAAGCCUUCCAUCAUUUUCCGGGCAGUUUCACAUACUGCUCUCGGCCAGCCGCCGUAGCCUCUCCGGGGUUUGGAGCGAAGACGAGAUUUGUAAACGCCGGGGGAAAAAUGGCGCAGCCGGACUGUAAGAAGAUCUUCUUCGAGAACCUGUCGGGAGCGGGCAAAGCCAUCGCGGUGCUGACGAGCGGAGGGGAUGCUCAAGGUAUGAAUGCUGCUGUGCGUGCGGUGGUUCGAAUGGGAAUAUAUGUGGGAGCAAAAGUUUACUUCAUUCGUGAGGGAUAUCAGGGUAUGGUGGAUGGUGGAGACAACAUAAAGGAAGCCUCAUGGGAAAGUGUCUCCAGUAUGCUGCAAGUGGGUGGCACAGUCAUCGGCAGUGCCCGUUGCAAAGAGUUCCGCACCCAUGAGGGACGCCUAAAGGCAGCGCACAACCUGGUGCAGCGUGGCAUCACCAAUCUGUGUGUGAUCGGAGGAGACGGCAGCCUGACUGGAGCCAACCUCUUUAGGGAGGAAUGGAGUGGGCUGUUGGGGGAGCUGGUGGAGCAAGGUUUGAUUGACAGUGAUGCUUCUCAGAAGUACUCAGCACUUCACAUCGUGGGGAUGGUGGGCUCCAUCGACAAUGACUUCUGUGGGACUGACAUGACAAUCGGCACCGACUCGGCCUUGCACAGAAUCAUAGAGGUCGUGGAUGCCAUCAUGACAACCGCACAGAGUCACCAGAGGACGUUUGUGUUAGAGGUCAUGGGGAGACACUGCGGCUACCUGGCCCUAGUGAGUGCCCUAGCUUGUGGGGCAGAUUGGGUGCUGAUCCCUGAGAUGCCCCCCGAGGACGGCUGGGAGAAAAAGAUGUGUCAGAAACUGUCUGCGACCCGUUCCAGGGGCACAAGGCUGAACAUAAUCAUAGUUGCUGAAGGAGCCAUUGACAGGCACGGGAAGCCUAUUACCUCUAGUUUUGUCAAGGAUCUUGUUGUCAAAUGCUUAGGUUUUGACACUCGUGUGACAAUCCUGGGCCAUGUACAGAGAGGAGGGACCCCAUCUGCUUUUGACCGUAUCCUGGCCAGUCGUAUGGGUGUGGAAGCUGUCCUAGCACUUCUGGAGACAACAGCCAACACACCUGCCUGUGUAGUCUCCCUGUGCGGUAACCAGUCAGUGCGUCUCCCUCUGAUGGAGUGUGUACAGAUGACUCAGGAGGUCCAGAAAGCCAUGGAUGAGAAGAAGUUUGAGGAUGCUGUCAAACUUCGGGGCAGGAGCUUUGAAAACAACCUCAAGACAUACAAACUGUUGGCUCACCGUAAACCAGAAUCGGAGUUGCCAAGCAGCAACUUCAACGUGGCAGUGCUGAAUGUAGGCGCCCCUGCAGCAGGCAUGAAUGCUGCUGUGCGUUCCGCCGUCAGAGUGGGCAUCUCCGAGGGCCACAAGAUGUUUGCCGUGAACGACGGGUUUGAGGGUUUCUACAAGGGACAGAUCAAGGAAAUUAAAUGGGCUGAUGUUGGAGGAUGGACAGGCCAAGGUGGAUCUUUGCUGGGAACCAAACGAACACUUCCUGCAAAGCACGUUGACAAAAUUGCUGAGCAGAUGCGAAAACAUAACAUAAAUGCACUGCUGAUUAUUGGUGGAUUUGAGGCUUACCUGUCACUGCUGGAAUUGUUAACGGCGCGCGGGAAAUAUGACGAGCUCUAUGUGCCCAUGGUCAUGGUGCCAGCCACUGUCUCCAACAAUGUGCCGGGCUCAGACCUCAGCAUUGGCGCAGACACGGCUCUGAACGCCAUCACUACUACGUGUGACCGCAUCAAGCAGUCGGCCAGUGGGACCAAACGACGUGUAUUUAUCAUUGAGACCAUGGGCGGCUACUGUGGUUAUCUGGCCAGUGUUGGGGGCCUGGCUGCGGGGGCUGAUGCUGCCUACAUCUAUGAAGAGCCUUUUGACAUCAGAGACCUGCAGGCCAACGUUGAACACUUGACAGAGAAGAUGAAGACCAGCAUUCAGAGAGGGCUGGUCCUCAGGAAUGAAAACAGCAAUGAGAACUAUACCACAGACUUCAUCUACCAGCUAUACACUGAAGAAGGAAAAGGAGUGUUUGACUGCAGGAAGAAUGUACUGGGACACAUGCAGCAGGGAGGAGCACCAUCUCCAUUUGACCGUAACUUUGGGACCAAGAUUUCAGCCAAGGCAAUGCAAUGGAUCUCCAAGAAGCUGGUGGAGACAUUCAGACAAGGCCGGGUGUUUGCUAAUACGGAGGACUCCUGCUGCCUACUAGGGAUGCGCCGCAGGGCUCUGGUGUUCCAGCCUGUGGUACAGCUAAAGGAGGAGACUGACUUUGUCCACAGGAUCCCCCAGGAACAGUGGUGGUUGAAGCUGCGUCCUCUGAUGAAGAUCCUGGCUAAGUACAAGACCAGCUAUGAUGUCUCGGACUCUGGACAGCUGGAGCAUGUGGUCCGCAACCGGUCCAAAGAGUCUGAUGCCUCUGCUGCUAUGUGAGCCUCUCAUUGGGGGGGGGGCUGCAAAGGCACACCUGUGUCCCACCCAUUGGGUGAGACUGGAAGUCUGUGGGGUAUCAUGUCAGUCUUCUCCAUUGUAAAGCACACCUGUAAUUGCUUGAAUAGCCCUCUCUGUUCGGCCGUGCCCAGUAGUGGCGUCUCACACUUUUUUUCUGUCUUUGCCUUGGCUUUGUAACGGUUCUCCCUCCCUUUGUAACUCCCUUUUUUCUUUCAUUAUUGACAAAUUAAUUUCCAGUAUAGUUACUAAGGCACCCUAGCCCCUGCAGUGGGCCAGAUGUCAAGAUAUAUCCACAUGCACAUGUAUACUCACACACUGCCCUGCACUUACGACCACAACUCAUCGGUGCAUGUGUCUUUGUUGCCCUCGGUGUUUGUUGUUACUGCUGAAAUUGCACUUCGUCUCCAAACCUUGAAGUAGGCUCCGUUCCCAGAGCCACAUGAAGGCAGGCUAUAUCUGCUGUAGAACCGGUGUGUAUAUCUGCCUAGAACUAAUUUAAGUUUCAGCAUAUUUAUGUGCGACUGAUGCAAGCAAAGAGUACUGCUUGCUGUGCUUCAAGUCUAAAGAAAAAAAAAAUUACUUUUUAACACUGAUAGACAUAAUGAAGUGUAGGCACUGCUGUGUUAAGCGUAGGUGUCACUUGUAUUGCAACAUUAAUGUGUAAGAAACUAAUGCUUCCCACAAAAAUUAAAAUCAGACAUGCUAAAAUG